UCCCUCGCUAUCUCCCUCUCAUCACUGUCAGUGUUCCCUCGCUCUGCGUUACAUUCGAACCCUACAUUUUCUCUGUCCGACACUAAAUCUUCUUCAAUCUCUCUCGAUCCAGCCUACAUUACUCGCUAUACAAUGCAAGAUUUCAUCGGCUCAGUUUGCCGAUCUCUGGUUUUCAAGCCCUCCGACGAUGGAGGUGUCUUCGGAGGUUUCGUUGAGAAGAUCGGCUCCAUCAUUCGCAAAUCGGGAAUCGGACUCUUCUCGAAGCCUCCAGUCCCUGCACUUCCACCGAUUGCCAAGUCUGAUGCGAUCAAAGUCAAGAAAGACGAUGCACCGAUUGCCAAGUCUACUGCGAUCAAAGUCAAGAAAGACGAUGCCCCGACGAUCCGGUGGAGGAAAGGUGAAUUGAUCGGUUGCGGCGCAUUUGGAAGGGUUUAUAUGGGACUCAAUAUCGAUUCUGGAGCUCUUCUAGCCAUCAAGCAGGUUUCAAUUGCAGGCAACAGUGCUGCAAAAGAGAAAACACAGGCCCACAUUAGAGAGCUUGAAGAAGAAGUGAACCUUCUUGAGAAUCUUUCACAUCCAAACAUUGUUAGAUACUUGGGAACGACUAGAGAGGACGCAUUGUUGAAUAUUUUGUUGGAAAUUGUCCCUGGUGGAUCUAUCUCUUCACUUCUGGGAAAAUUUGGUUCAUUUCCUGAGUCUGUUAUAAGAAUGUACACAAAACAAUUGUUGUUGGGAGUGGAAUACCUUCACAGGAAUGGAAUAAUGCACAGGGACAUUAAGGGAGCUAAUAUCCUUGUUGAUAAUAAGGGGUGCAUAAAACUUGCAGACUUUGGUGCAUCAAAGAAAGUUGUUGAGCUGGCUACCAUGACUGGUGCAAAGUCAAUGAAGGGUACUCCAUAUUGGAUGGCUCCAGAAGUUAUCCUUCAAACCGGUCAUAGCUUCUCUGCUGAUAGAUGGAGUGUUGGAUGUACGGUUAUUGAGAUGGCUACAGGAAAGCCUCCUUGGAGCCAGCAGUAUCAGGAGGUUGUUGCUCUCCUCCAUAUCGGGACAACUAAAUCUCAUCCACCCAUCCCUGAGCAUCUCUCUGCUGAAGCAACAGAUUUUUUGUUAAAAUGUUUGCAGAAGGAACCAAACUUAAGGCCUCCCGCAUCAGAUCUGCUGCAGCAUCCAUUUGUUACUAGGGAGUAUCAGGAAACCUAUACUGUGUUACGUGCUUCAGUUAAGGUCAGUAUAAUUGCUUGA